CAUCACACUCGUCCACCUAUCAAGCAUUUGUCUGAAAUCCAUGGCCACGUGGUAACACCCAUUCACGGCCUCCGCGAGCUUGAAGCCGCCACUCCGCUGGGCGUCCUUUAGGGUUAUGGCUGACGGCCAGCUUACAGAGCCGCUCGAUAGGAUACUUGCCGACGCGGAAAACGGUCAUCAACCUUCACUAAAUGCCGACUCACGACUCGCUUUACGCGAAGUGAAUGAGGCUGCAUGCGAUGACUGUCCGACUCGCAAGGACCCGGAGUCCAGCCACUGCGAACUCAGGGACGCGAAGGGCCGGCGAGAUCAGCAAGGAUCCUCGUGUGAGCCGUCAGUUGUAAAAGCUCGCUCGUCGCGGAAAUCCGGGGGACCCGCGAACGGUCAACAGACUGCUUCGCGCGGAAGCAGGCUCUUUCCCCCAUGGCCGGGCAGCAAGCGGCUGUCGACCUUCGCAGCGUCCAUCCGCAAAUACUUCUCAGUCGACCGAUGGCACGAGAUCGAACGGUCAUGGAUGGACUGGGCUUUCCAAGUGAAGCUUCCGCCGUGGUUCCGCCGACACGUCACCUUCUACCGCCUCCACGUCCUCUGCUUCGUUAUAGUCAUCCUCAUCGGCACCAUUAUCAUGUACCUCAUUCCUGGCGGCCCGGCCGGCAAGAUGAGCUUCAUUGACACACUGUACAGCGUGACGUCAGCCACGUGCCUCACGGGGAUGAUCAGCGUCGACGUCAACAUGUUCUCUGACGGAGGCAACGUUCUCCGUCUACUGCUCAUGAUCAUCGGCAGCCAGGUCAUAACGUCUCUCGUCCCCGUCUACGUCCGUCGAUUCUUCUUCCACCGGUAUCUCUACCGCGAGGGCUACGUCACGCGUGGCGGCCGGCGGAGCGAUCCUGCGGUCGCAGUACGCAGCGGGGAGCGGGGGGAGGUGGAUGCGAGAGAGGAAGGCGAGGGCGGUGAGGGGCUCGGGGUGCUUGAGGAGGAGCAGCAGCGCGCGUCCGAAGACCAAAGGGGGACUGCCACCCGCGAAAUUGCUAUUUCUGGAAAUAAGGCCGAGGGGUCACCGGCGUUUACAGACAGGGUCACCCGCGUUUACAGUGAACCGGCGAAGGUGUCGCCGAUUGGGUCUAAUGGCACCAGCAGAGGGAGGGACGGCGCCCCAGUGACUCCCUUAACGACGCGCCAGCUGGGUCCGACGUGGAUACCACGCGGCUAGACUCCAGCCAGAAUGGUCCGAGAACUGCUCGCGCUGACAUGGACGCGCUGCGUCUGGACAGCAGCCAGCACGGGCCGCGGUCGGGGCGGGGGAGGGGGAGCGGCGUAUGUGGGACAGCCCGGGGGGCGCGCAGACGCGGCCAACGUGGACCCCGCGGAGGGCGUUCGGGCUGGAGGACGCGCUGGAGCGCACGGUGGGGCCGCUGUCGGGGCGCUACCAGGCGGGGGAGGAGAACGCGUGGCACACGUGGUCGGGUGACGUGGCGCGGGCAGAGGGGCAGCGGCUGAAGCUGGCGCUGGAGAUUCUCAAGGUGCAGCAGCAGCAGCAGCAGCAGCGCGAGAGCACGCCGGGGCAUCGCCCGGGGCUGUUCCUCCAGCGCACGCUGUCGUCCAGCACGUGGCGCACGGACGACGUGGAGGGCGGCAGCGCUGGCGCUGACUCUGAGCUGCUGCCAAUAGGCCCGGGCGAGCGGAGGUUCCUGGAGCUGAGGGCGCUGGAGACUCUGAGCUGGCUGGUGCCGCUGUACUUCGUGGCGAUCCAGGCGGUGGCUGUGGUGCUCAUGCUGGUGCUGGUGCACGUGUCGCCCGCCGUGCGCCAGGUGAUGGACAGCAACGGCGUCAGCCCCGUGUUCUUCUCCGUCUUCCAGGUGGUGUCGGCGUUCAGCAACACGGGGCUGGUGCUGCUCAACAGCAACCUCAUGGACUUCAGCGGCAACGUGCCGCUGCUGCUGCUCUGCUCGCUGCUCAUCCUCCUCGGCAACACGCUCUUCGCCCCCACGCUGCGCGGGCUGCUGCUGCUGCUGCACCGUGCCGCCAAGGGCGAGCACAAGGUGGUGUACAAGUACCUGCUGGACCACCCGCGCAAGUGCUACACGCACCUGUUCCCACGCUCCUCCACGCUGUGGCUGGUGGCCACAGUGGUGGCGUUCAACAGCGCCGAGUUCAUCUUCUUCUGCGUCUUCGACUGGAGCUCCGUCGCUCUAAACGGCCUCUCCAGCAGCACGAAGGUGCUGGUGGGGUACUUCCAGUCCAUCUGCACGCGCACCGCCGGGUACAACGUCGUCAUGCUCGCACUGCUCUCGCCGCCCAUGCUCGUGCUCUACAUCGCCAUGAUGAACGUGGCGGUGUACCCGGUGUACCUGACGCGGCAGACGUCUAGGGAGCAGCGCGAGGUGUACGACGACGAGGACAUCGGCGUGUUCUACGAGGACCUGCAGGAGGGCGUGCUGGACGCGGGCGUGCUGACGCAGGGCAAGAAGCUCUUCCUGCACGACACCGCGCUCAUCUUCUUCGCCAUCUUCCUCGUCUGCAUCAUGGAGAGCCCCAUGAUCACCUCCGACCCCGCCAACUUCUCCAUCUUCAACAUCAUCUUCGAGAUCAUGAGUGGCUAUGGCAAUGUGGGGUUCUCACUCGGGUACACCUGUCCAGAAGACGCCCCCCCUGGCUGUGUCUCGCCGCCCUACAGCUUCUCAGGGGUGUGGCGCACGGAGGCCAAGUUCGUGAUGGUGCUAGUGAUGCUGCUGGCGCGGCACCGCGGGCUGCCCGACAACAUCGACGCCGCCAUCGUCAUCCCCGACCAGAAGCAGUUCCAGUCCGCCGCCAAGCCGCACGACGCUGCAGGCGCAGAGUGUGAGGACGUGGAGAGCAUUGGGCGGGCAAGGAGAGCAAGCGGGGAGGGACCGGUGAUUCCGCAGAGGGCCAUGAUGCGGACCCACAGCAGCAGCCAGAUACUAUUGGGAGGUAGCAGCAGCGCGACCAGUAGGGGAGCAUCUGAUCGGCCAACGCCUACAGUGAUGAUUAGGACGCCAUGAGGAUGCCACAAUGCUGUGAUCCAGGAGUAGCAUGCGAAUGCAAUGGGGCAUGGCAGUAUUACAUGCGCAGGUGUGGAGUCAUCAUGUCCCGCUGUGUCUCUCGUCAUAUAGGGUGUGCCUCACCACCUAUAUGGGUUAGGUCGAGGUAGCUGUUUGGUGGCUACGUGCAUUAUAGGGUAUGGCUCUAGUAGCAUGCACACCACCCCUUAUGUAUGUUACAUAUCAUAUAACAUAAUGGAGCAUGA